UUGGCAGCCCAUAUGCAAACAACUAGAAUGUUGUCUUCAACAUUAAUGCUUGGAGCCUUUUAUAUGUGACAAAAAUACAUAGUUGACAAUGUUUUACAUGAGCUGUUUUUAAUAUCUACAAACUUUGAAGGCUUAGGCAGUUGACAGCAUCACAGUUGUUAAUUAUUUGGUAAACUGUGACUUCCUGCUCCUGGCCCUUGUUCCGUCAGUGACUGAUGUGUCACUUGGACUGUGCCAGAAAAGCCACAGCCACUGUCAGGCUGCAUGGGGACCGGUAAGUCUCGGACAGAAGCAUUUUUGGCAGAUGGUAAGCAGGAGCUGUUUCCCUGUGAAGUCUGUGGAAGAAGCUUUGCGGCAGAUGUUCUGGAAAGGCAUGUACCAAUAUGUAGAAAGCUCUUUAACAAAAAGCGCAAACCUUUCAACUCCUUGAAGCAGAGAUUACAGGGCACUGACAUUCCCACGGUGGCGAAGGCUCCCCAGCCCAAGUCUCAGCCUGUGAAGAAAUCUAACUGGAGAGAACAGCAUGAAGAGUUCAUUAACACGAUUCGAUCAGCAAAGGAUUGCAUGCAAGCCAUGAAAGAAGGCCGGCCUCUGCCCCCUCCGCCCCCUCCGAGAGUCAAUCCCGAUUAUAUCCAAUGCCCAUAUUGCAUGAGGAGAUUUAAUGAAACCGCAGCUGGUCGGCAUAUUAAUUUCUGCAAAGAUCAAUCUUCUCGUCGUGUCUUUGAUCCAGCUCAGACUGCAGCUAAAUUGGCAUCCAGAGCUCAGGGUAGGGCUCAGGCAAGCCCUAAGAAAGAACCAACGGUCACUAGUGCCGUGGGAGCUUUGCUACAGAACAGGGCCACGGGAGCAAAGACUGAGGUGUUGGACAAGCCAGGAUCGGCUGUGGACUCUGCUUCUGGAGCAAACAGACUAGGAUUUAGUAAAUCAUCUAAAAAAGAUUAACUCCUAGACACCAGCCGGCUCCCUGAAGUCCUGCAGCUGGGCAGCCCUGCCAGGAAUGCCACCAAGCAGAGCAGAAGUGUCCGUCGUUCCAGCCACCACUCCGACCGUCAGUUUUCCUCUUUAUUCAAACCAAAUUAUUAAA